UUUAAAAUUUUCAUAUCCCGCUCCUAAUUCCCCCAAUCUCUCUCUCUCUCAAAACCAAAAACAGACUCUGCCCUAGAUAGGCGAAUGGGCGAUUCCCCAAUCGUUCCUCCACAUCACCGAAGAUCUACCAAUUGAUCUGCAUAAAACCUAGAUCGGCGACUCCUUAAUCGUUCCUCUAACCAAUUUCUAUCACACUUUUGCUGUAUCAUGGCACGUAGUACAACAGAUGCCGGUAGAUGUCGUGGUUUUGUGGCAGGAGGUGGCAGAGGGCAAGGAGGCGGCAGGGGGCAAGGUGUGGUCACUGAAGAGAACAUGGCAGCAACAAGAGAAUUGGGCAACAACAAGAGAACAGGGCAGCAACAAGGAUUUAUCACAGAUCAAUAUGGUGGAGGCAGUUUUGCUAAGAAAAAACUAUCUGGAGGCACAUGAGACUUGGGUGAAAUAUGAGGGAUAUCUUUUGGAGAAGUAUGGGGAGGAAAGUAGCGAACACCGAGAACUUGACAAAGAAUUGUGGUACCGAGCUUCCGGGGGAAAGAAGAGAGGAAAAGUAUAUGGGUUAAGCAAUCUUAAGAAUGAUUUUAGUGUUCAGCAUCAUGGCAAACAAGACCAAGAGAUCGAAAGAUUGAACGUGAUUAUCCAAGAUAUAGUGAAAGAAAAUGAAGAAGAACAAGAAAGGUUGAACGAUAUUAUUGCGGAAUUGGUGGUGGAAAAAGAGAAAGAUAAGGCGAGAAAGAGGCUAUGAAUGAGAGGAUGGCAAACAUUGAAGCGAUGCUAAAAGCUAGGUUUCAAAACGUAUAAAUACUUUGUUUUGAAUAUGUAUUUUGUUAUGAUAACUUUGGUAUUUGAUGUUUCAAGUGGGAUGUUUUAUAUAAUUGUGAAAAUUUGAUAAUAUGUAAAAUUUAAAAUUGACAUUA